UUCUUCCUGCCUACUGCCACAAUGUCUUCGGUGGAAGAGCUGCAAGAAGAGGUUGUGCGUGAAAUGCACACUCUGUCCAAAGAUCAACUAGUGUCAAUCUGCGAGUUCCUUGGCAUUGCAGAGAAAAUAGAUGUUAGCAGAAAAACACGACUGUCACUGCUAACACACAUCCAAAUACACAUUGAAAGAGAAGGUAUAACAGUACUUGAGGAUGAAGGAAUGUCAGAACUGUUGUUGCUUAAUGAUAAGAUUGCUGAAGUAAUGAAAGAGACAAUUGUUGAGACUGAACCAAAUGCAAAUGAAGGGGAUUAUUCAGGGCACAGAGAUCAACUAAACACUGCAACCUCACUGGUAACAGAAACAGCUAAUGCAGUUAACACAGCGGUUAGUUCUCACUCCCAAGCUAAUCGCUCUGUCCCUAACUCAUCUGUGUCAAGUGCCCCCCAACGACCAAGCCCUUACUGGCAGAGAGACUUCAAAAUAUCAGGCCAGAUUGGCGAACCAGGUCAAAAAGACAAACUGACAUUUUCCAGUCUUGCUCACCAGAUCGAAAAUGGACUGAGCAGAGGCUACUCAGAGCUUGACAUUGUAGAUGCUGUCAUCAGAGCUAUCUUGCCAGGUCUACAACUACGUAGCUAUUUGGAGGGAAAAGCUCAACUCACCCUUCCGACUCUACGCCGCAUCCUGCGCUCCCAUUUCCAGGAGAAGAGCGCCACCGAACUCUAUAAACAACUUGCCUCUGAGGUACAGACCCCGAAAGAGACUGCUCAAAGCUUCCUGAUGAGAGUUUUAGAUCUAAAGCAGAAAGUCCUAUUUGCUUCCCAAGAAUCAGAGUCAGGACUCAAAUACGACCCAGCUUUAGUCCAGCGUAUGUGUUUACACACCAUACUCACAGGCUUCCAGAGUGACAGUGUCAGGAUAGAUAUGCAGCCACUCCUGUUAGACUCUAAGACACCUGAUGAACUGCUGUUAGAGAGGUUAAAUAUGGCUUGUGCCAAUGAGGCAGAAAGGAAAAACAAGAAAAGAUGUCUAGCAUCACAGACUGCUACAAGUGUGAGUGCAGUGCAGUCAGAUGAUGUGUCGCCUGCUAAGAACCCUGUGAAAGAAGUUAAAGCUAAGAUACCACCCGAGCUUUUAACUGAGUUAGCUGCACACACUGCUACCUCUGUGGGAGUAGAGAACACUUUCAGGCUGGAUGUAGAAGCAGAGGUAUGAGACCAUA